GGACACGUUAUUAAAUUUCAAGUGCUUUGUAGGGUUAUAUUAUUUAAAGACAAAUAUCAGUUCCUGUACCGUUGGUACCAUUUCGAAUCCUUUAGGUGCAUUACGUGAAUCAUGAUGCUGAUAUGUUCUGAUAUGUGCUGAUUCAACACAUUUGCCAGAGGGAUUUGACAGGCCUUAUAGUUUCCCUAACUUUGGUAUCCUAAUCUACAGGGUCCCUCAUCAUUGGCUCUGAGAUGCAGUGUUUCCAGAUGAUUGUGUUAACUGUGGCUGUGUUCUUUGCUGUGCUAUCAUCCUACACAGUGGGCUCGGUUGAGUUUAAGAUUUGGAAGUUUGAGGAUCAACCUUGGGUGAUGCAACUUGCUGCUGUCUACAAGGAAAUGGAACACUUCAAAUGUGAACAAACAAAUAUCAGGCAACAGCUGGAGGCCCUGAAUCAGAUGCUGACAAGCCCUAAGAAUGAGACUACAACAGAAAUAGGCAGCACUUCUCUUGUUUACCCCCCAAACCAUGGAGAGGGGGACAUCGUGCGGUCAUCAGAGGAAGAAGACUCCAUGCGACCCUUCGAUCCCUGCUUCCGCUACACCGUCCUGGACCAGCCCUGGAGGGCCACUAACACUAGCAUCAAGAACAAGAUGUGUGACCGCAACGUCAAGUGGCAAGGCUGGUACCGCCUGUUCUACAAGGGCAACAGUCUGCAGAUGCCCGAGAGGUGUGUGCCCAUGAACAAGUGUGGCACCCACGCCCCCCUGUGGCUGGCCGGGCCUCACCCGAAGAGGAGGGAAGGGAUCGUCACCCGCAAGGUCUGCGGCCACUGGAACAAGAACUGCUGCGCUUUCAAGUCCACACCCAUCAAAGUGAAGAAGUGCCAGGGCAAUUAUUACGUCUACAAGUUAACCAAACCGACAACAUGUCACCUGGCCUACUGUGCAGAUAUCAACACCAUUGUGUGUGGAAAGUGCAGGAAAAGCGAGACCUGUGUUAGUCGAGACAAUAUAAACUGGAGGUGUAAGAAGAAGCCAAAACCCCUGAAGAGAAAAGUCCACUUCUUUGCCUCCUAUCCCGGGCCCAUCUCAGGCAAGGUGAACCGCAUCAAGUACAGGACUGUCCUUGUGAACGUUGGGCGAGCCUUCAACCGGAGGACCGGGGUGUUCCGGGCUCCUGUCAAAGGAGUCUACCAGUUCUUCUUCUCCACACAGAGUGGGAAACAUGGUGUCAAGACGGACCUAUGGUUGGUGAUCAAUGGUUACUGGGUGGCUGUCUCUCACACCAAAAUCAGUAGUCCCUCCACUGUGGGUAAUCUGUCCACUUAUAUGACCUUUCUGCGCAGAGGGUCCCUGGUGUAUGUGAGCCAAGACUGUGGUAGCUCUUGGGCCACUGCUUCGUCCAAUACCAUCACAUUUGGUGGGUCACUGCUUAUUCAGUCGAAGAGGUAGACUAAAGCCAAUAUGUGUCUGUUUUCAUUUAGUAUAUGAUUCUUAUUUAUAGAUUUAAUGGUGUUUCUGUCAAAACAGCGUUGCAGUUGAAAACACUUCUUCUAACAUUUUAUUUUUUAUUUUGGUCAUUUAGCAUAGUCUACACUCUUGUCCAGAGCAACUUACAGUCAGAUGCAUGGACAUCAAUCAUUUGGCUUAAAAUAAAUACUGUAUGUUGCUUCUGUAGUAAGUGAAAGUUUGCUUUAAUUCAAAAUGAAAACAAUUUAGAUUCUCAAGAGUUGAAAUGAGGCAUGUCUUAAUGUAAUUCUCAGAUUGUUUGACAUUUAAUUUCCAUAUUUUGCUGACAUUCGCAAAAGGCACCAGUAAGAAAAAUAUUUCCCGCCCGUGAUGUUUUCAGAGUAAAAUGCUGUGUUAGUUGAUACUCUAUAUCACUAAGAUAGGCCUUUUGUAUUUUAAUACAAUUACAGUAAUAAGAGAUUGUAAAAUAAUAGCCUACCUCUCUCAAACACAAGAUGGCAUACUAGGGCAUACAAUUGUAAUUAGUAGACAAAUUACAGCAGCAUCAGUGAAGUGAUAUAGACUGUCAGUCAUAAACCUAUAUGUUGAGUUUAUUUUGCCAGUGUUCAGUAGGCCUAAUUCCAAUAAAUUAAAAGUGCUGAGUG